AUGCCGAACACUGCCCAAGAACUGAAGGAGAAGUUUCUUAGGACGCUUGAUAAUGACAAUAAUACUCUACUUGAAUCUCUGCACAUACUGGAGGAGCUAAUCACCAAACACAGGCUGCAGUCUCAGACAGAGAAAGAUGGCAUCUUGACUGAAUGGAUGGCAGCAAGGUGCGACGCCAUGUGCUUGAAAAUAAGGAUGGUAGAGAUGCAGAUUCUGUGCGAUACCUACCACGUAGAGUCUGUACAGGCACUGAAAGCUGUCAGCGAAAACCUUCAAACUGCUGUACACGAUCACAAGGCUGAGCUGCACCAAGUCAGUCAAGCACUGACGGCCUACGAGGCAGUAGGAGCUGGAUUUGAUGAGAUGGUUUCGGAGUACGCCAAGUUACGAGACGAGGUAGAAAACAAACGCUGGGCCCUGACAGAACUGCAGCAAAGUCUGGAGGAUGAUGGGUGAUCUCUUGAUGACUGUUUUCUUCUGCAUUAUUUCAGCCUACACAUGUAUCUUUCAACUUGCAUAUUUUUAGUUUUAUGAAGAGAUUGUUGUAGGUGUUCUUUUAUGCUGUGUAUUGCUACAAAGUAUCAUAUCAGUUGGUGUAGUGUAGGCGUAAAGCAUGAAGAGCUUAGUCAAUGAAUCUCUCGUAUUCCUGUGUGUGCAAGUAUAACUUAGAUGACAUACAGCCAUUGAACUAUAACACAGCUGCAACAAAGCAUUGAGGAAGACAUCUGAUAUAUAUAUGUAUCCACUGCUGAGCAGUGAGAAGUUUCUCAACUUGAAGAUUAAGUACAGCCAUUAUCAGCAAUGUCCCAUUUGCCUCUGACUGGCAGUGCUAGUCCCCAUUUCCAUACCUAGUUCGAUCUAACAGGAUCGACCAAUUUCCAAGGGGAGGGACUCUGGCUAAAUCGGCUUAAGCAGCUUAGAUGUCUGGGAUGAAUACUGAAGCUGCUAAAAGAAAGUUAAUUACCCCCUAACAGCUUCA